AUGUCCAACUCGGCUGUGGACACGGUCCGCACGAUCGAUGGUAUUCAGGGGUUGUUUACCUUUGGUGUGCGGCUUGAUGGCUUUUCCGGUGCGUGUCGAACGUUCAAGGCAUGGUGGCGGUGGGCUGGCGCCUGCGCUGGUGUGCCCGGUUUCUCAUCACCGAUUCUUGACUCAGCCAUGUGGCAGACAAUUUGGACAUGGGACCUGAUUGCCUUUGGUGUGUCCCAUGCCAUCGCGGGCUUGGUGGCUGCCUUCAAGUUUCGCCGGGAAAAGAUCACCGUAGUCAUGCUGCUACCCAUCAUCUUCACCGGCCUUGGACUCUUGUUUUCAGCGGUCGUGGGCCUCAUCACCGCACUCUUGAUUGCCGGCAUCUACACCAGCGCAGGUUUCAAGAUGACCACGACUGAGGUCUGUGGACUGCCGAUGCCACGAGCUUUUGUCUUCAUGGGCUUUCCGCACUCUCUCACCUUGCCCAAAUCACCCGCGCCGACGAACGCCAUAGGCUCUGGCCUGGGGUGUGGGUCAAUUUGUUCUCUACUUCAUCACGUCUUUUUCUCCAAACUAUGCCACCUUGUAAAUGAUCAGUCGCUGCCACACCAGGUCUCAGGGUUCGAUGGUAAAGGUGGUCUCUGGUCAAUUGUGAACCUCUGCUGCCCGAGCCCGCAGGCAGACAAAGCUACACGCCAAGCAUCCCGCCAGCCCCAACGCAAAAAGCCCCUGGUUGUCAUUAGCAUGGGGCAAAGCAGGAACAAGACCACAAUCAUGACCACCAAGGCAAUGAUGUAG